UGUUGGUUUGCUUGUUUGGUUGCCGGGAAAACGCGAAGCCUUCAGUUGCAGUUCAACUGUUUGGCCCCAGGAAAGCGUUUAAGGCAACAUGGGACAACCUGCUGAAGGCGAAUUAAACGAUGCUCCUGCUCCGAAUCGUUUCAGUGCUGUUAUUGAGAAGAUUGAACGCCUUUACAUGGGUAAGCAAAGUAGUGAUGAGGAAGAUCUAGAUGAUUUUCCUGAUGAUGAUCAGUAUGACACUGAAGACUCUUUUAUCGAUGAUGCUGAGCUGGAUGAGUAUUUUCAAGUCGAUAACUCUGCAAUAAAACAUGAUGGAUUCUUUGUCAACAGGGGGAAGCUGGAACGCAUAAGUGAACCUCCUUUAUCUCCUAACCAUCAAUCCAAGAAAAGGCGAAGGAAAGAUUUGGCAAAAGCUCAAGGAGAGAGUGAUGAUGCUAACGUACCAAAUAAACAUGUCAAAGUGGGUAAGACAGUGUCUGGAAAGUCUGCUGCAUUGGUUGCAAAGAAUGCGUCUGUUCCCUCUCAGGCUCCUGCUGUUACAAGUGAACAUGGUGAAGAUAUGAAACAUCAGAAUCAAUCAAAUGCGUCUGUGAUAUGUUCGAAAAAAAAAUCUGCUGAUACUAAAACUACAUUGGAUCCUUCAUCUUUGAAAGUUUCAAAUGGCAGUUCUUCUGUAGCCUUAGCAGAAGUGAAGGAUGAAAGACAGAAGACAGGAGUGCUCCCGUCCAAGAACCUUGGCAACAAAAUGAAAGAUGCAAGUGGGUUCUCUGAUGCUUCACAUCAGAGAUAUCAUGAUAAAAAUGCUUAUACACAAUUAAAAUCCCAAUCUGGAAGACUAUCAGACAAUCUUAGUCCACUAGAAGUAGCAGCUCGGCCAAGAGAAAAGAAUGGUGUUCGAGAACUUCCUGAAACUAAUGUCUCAGAGAGCAAGUGUAUGAUGCAAACAACAAAAGCUUCACAUAUUCACCGAAAGGAUGGUUCUAGUGCUAGGCCCAAAGGAACAAUGCUUGAAAAAGCCAUUACGGAAUUAGAGAGGAUGGUGGCAGAAUCAAGGCCGCCCACUAUGGAUGUUCAAGAUGGUGAUACUUCAUCCCAAGCAGUCAAAAGGAGAUUGCCUCCCGAAAUAAAGCUGAAACUUGCAAAAGUUGCUAGACUAGCGCAGGCGAGCCAUGGCAAAAUAUCUAAGGAGUUACUUAAUCGGCUUAUGAGCAUUCUCGGACACCUAAUCCAGCUUAGGACAUUAAAGCGAAAUUUGAAAGUCAUGAUUAACAUGGGUCUGUCAGCAAAACAAGAGAAAGAUGAUAGAUUUCAACAGAUAAAGAAGGAAGUUAUUGAGAUGAUUAAAAUGCGGGUGCCCUCUCCAAGGUCCAAGGGGUUUGAUCAACAAGUUGGAUCAUCGGAUGAUUUUCAAGAAUUCGGUUCUGAAGAAAAGGGCGUUCUUAAAAGAAAAUUUUCUAUGGGCGACGAGAUGGAGGAUAAGAUUUGUGAUCUCUAUGACCUUUAUGUUGAUGGGCUGGAGGAUGAUGCAGGUCCACAAAUUCGAAAGUUGUAUGCAGAGCUUGCAGAACUGUGGCCAAAUGGAUCAAUGGACAACCAUGGGAUUAAACGUGCAAUUUGUAGGGCUAAGGACCGUAAGAGAGCACUAUACAGCCGUCAUAAGGACCAGGAGAAAAUUAAGAGGAAGAAGCUGUUGACAUCAAGGACAGAGGAUGCUGUUCGAGUUGAGUCUAGUUCAAUUGCUCAGCCACAGUAUGCUCGGGAGAGGCCGGCCACUGAUUCUGGUACUCAUGGCUUAACUGCAUCUAGUAAGCCAGUACCCAACACAACUACCGCUGCUGUCCGGAUGCCUAGUCCUUCAGUGAAUGGUCCUAGCUUGGACAAGGUGAAACAAGAGAAGGUAAAGAUAAGUUCUGGCAACUCCUUGGACGAUCCUAGGGGUGUGGAUGGUGCAUUGCCAAAGAAAAAGGCGAAGAAGCCAGAACUGGAAUCAGGUGAAGCUCAUUUCCGUCCCGAGAAGUUGCCUUCCCAACAGGGAGAGGAACGACAGAAAUCAUACAAGCAGGCUACAGCUCCUCCUUCCCAUAAAUCAAACCUUCAUCAGUCGGGGGCUGUUACAAACUUUGAACAGUCAAGCUGACAUGCUGUUAGCUCAAUCAGAAAAUUUAUAUUCCCGAAAUGUUGCUUAGCACAGAUGUCCCUUUUUCGUUUUUUGGGUCUCGUUUCUUCUUCCUUCAUUUUGCGGCUUCAUUUGGUCUUGUGACAAACUGAUUGGGUUUUCCUGUCUCUGUAAGUAGACGUUGUUGCAUUGCAUGGAGCCUCCUGGAUUAGAGUUUUCCUUUUUAAUUUUUAUCUUAAAUAGAGAUAGCAGAAAGCUGUAAUUUUGCUGUGCAGCAUAUCUGCAUGGCUUCAACUGCUAUUUUUAUUCAUUCUUUUCCCUUGUUACAUUUUAAAUUUAGUUUCCCCAUCAGUUCCUUUUUAUGAUAGGUCUUACAUUAUAAUUGAAUUCA